AUGACAACCCAAGCAUCUACAUCCGCCUUCCGUCGGGAAGAUAUCAAGUUCGCCCCUGGGAAGGACCUCUGCUCUGCAUGGCUCUACCGUCCUACCGGUCCGCCUCUACGUCCUGCAUCUGGCGACUCGAGCUUCACAAAUUCCAAGCAGUACUCUGCCAUGAUUCUGGCCCACGGUACCGGAGGGAUCAAGGAGAUGGGUCUAGACCGAACCGCCUCCAAGUUCGUCGAGCUCGGUAUCAUCUGUGUUGUCUUUGAUUACCGUCACUUUGGUGCGAGUGGUGGUGAACCGCGUCAGCUGCUCGACAUCAACCUUCAGCUUCAGGACUAG